CACAUCCCCGGACUCAGCCCGUCUUCUUUAAAGGAGCACUGCGGUUUAUUCUCACACCCUGCACAAAAAACAACAUCGACGCUUGGAUUUUUUUUUCUUUUUCUUCCCCCCCCAGUUGUUGGAGCUCUUUUCAUUCAAUGGGUCCGCGCGUAGUGCUGCUCUGCUCUCUGUUCGGAGUUCUCCUUGGCCAAGGAGCAGAACAGAUCUCGAUAGAGGACUGCUGCAAAGAUGGCCAGAAGCGUGGCAACGACAACGAAGACUGUGCAGCCCUCCCUCUCAUCUCUGAGUCAACCACGUGCAUGGUAGUACAGGAGCAGUGCUGCGUCGCAGUGCUUGAGGAUAACAUGUGCACCACCGGCAUCAACGUGGCCAAAGACCAAGGCGCCUGUGAUUCCUUGUUCACCAACACCUGCGAGACCAAGACUACAAAGAUGUGCUGUGACUGUUGUCGUCUGGGGAAGGCGGCCCAGCAGCAGGGCCUACCCUGUGACCACAACCUGUCCGUGGGCUACCAGUGCGGCCUGGUGUCCCGGGCCUGCUGCGUGGAUGGAGCACCAGACAACCAGACCACACCCACAGGACAAACUGAAUUACAGAGCAAGGAUGAAACCAAGGAAAAUGGAGAUAAUUCAGUAUUAAGUGAUCGGUGCAAAGGAAAAUGUGCUCAUCACUGUGUGGACAAUGACACUUGUGCCUGUUUCAAAGGCUACAAACUCCAUCCAGACGGAAAGAGCUGUGAGGACAUCAACGAGUGCUUGCUGGGAGCCAGCAACUGUCGGGGAGGAGAGCGUUGCAUCAACACCGAGGGCUCGUUCCGUUGCCAGAGAGAGGUCAGCUGUGGGACCGGCUACGAACUCACUGACAACAACAACUGCAAAGAUAUUGAUGAGUGUGAGACUGGUAUCCAUAACUGUGGCCCAGAGUUUCAGUGCCAAAACACUCAGGGGUCCUUCCGUUGCCUCCCUAAGGUCAGGUGUGGUGCCGGCUUUAUCCAGGAUGCCCUCGGCAACUGCAUUGACAUCAAUGAAUGUGUGACCCAGGCGGGCCCAUGCCCCAGAGGACAGAUCUGCAUCAACACAGUUGGCUCCUACAUCUGCCAGAGGAACUCUGUUAACUGUGGUCGAGGAUACCACCUCAACGAGGACGGCACGCGCUGUGUUGAUAUUGACGAGUGUAAGGGCCCUGAAAAGUUCUGUGAAGGUCAUGGCUGUAUUAACUUGCUGGGCUCCUACCGCUGCGAGUGUGAGACUGGCUACAUCUUCAACAGCAUCAGCCGGGUGUGUGAGGAUAUUAAUGAAUGCAGGCACUACCCUGGCCGUCUGUGUGCCCAUAAGUGUGAGAACACUCUGGGAUCCUACAAGUGUAGCUGCACCACCGGCUUCAAACUAGCUGGUGAUGGCAGGAAUUGUGACGAUUUGAAUGAGUGCGAGACCAACCCAUGCAGUCAAGAGUGUGCCAACGUAUAUGGCUCCUACCAGUGUUACUGUCGCCGUGGCUACCAGCUCAGUGACAUUGACGGCAUGACUUGUGAAGAUAUAGACGAGUGUGCCCUGCCAACUGGAGGUCACAUUUGCUCCUAUCGCUGUCAUAACACACCUGGCAGCUUCCACUGUUCCUGUCCCGUCAGUGGCUACACCUUGGCACCCAAUGGGCGCAGCUGCCAGGAUGUGGAUGAAUGUGUGACAGAUACACACACAUGCACAGAGAAUCAGAGCUGCUUUAAUAUACAGGGUGGAUUCAGAUGCCUGUCCUUCGACUGCCCAAACAACUACCGGCGCGUCGGAGAGACUCGAUGUGAACGCUUGCUUUGCAAUGAGUCUGUCGAGUGCCUGGCCAUGCCCCUGAGAAUAACCUACUACUACCUCACCUUCCCCAUCAACAUCCCCGUCUUCACCAACAUCUUCCGCAUGGGCCCCUCCCACACCGUGGCCGGCGACGACAUCCAGAUUGCUAUCACCGCUGGCAAUGAGGGCGGUUUCUUCAAGACGGAUCGGGUGCCCACCGGCGGCGUGAUGUCGGUGGCAAAGCUCAUCAACAAGCCACAGGACUUUGAGCUGUCUCUGGAGCUCAGGCUGCGUCGCUAUGGCACGGUCAGCACGUACUUGGCUAAAGUGCUGGUGUUUGUUACCCAGGAGGAGCCCAGAGUACCUUACAAUCCCCUGCUAGAAUAAACGCAAGAGCCGUGCAGGGCGACACAAAGUGUUACACUCUUAAAAAGGAUGUGUCAUUUUAAAUGCAUUGUCUGGUAGAGAAAACAGAAAGAGUUAAUCCUCAACACGAAAUGCAUGCAAGAUGACCAUACAGUAUGUCGACUGCUGUAUGUUGUAACAUAUAAAGAUGUGGCUAUAUAGCUAUAUGCAGGCAAAUAUAGAUAUAAAUUAUGGCUUCCAAUUAGUGAUUAUUAUAAGACCAGUAUCCAUCUUUAACCAAAGAUCGUGUGUUCUUUCAUUCAUGGGCCAUUCAAAUAUACAAAUGUAUAUAACAAUAUGGAGCUGGCUAACUUAGCUUUGCAUAAAGAUUGGGGAGAUUAGGGGAAAACUUGGGGAACAGCUAGCCUGGCUCUGUCUACAGGGAACAAAAUCCACCUACCAGAACCUCUAAAGCUCACUAAUUAGUAUGUUGUGUCUAACCAAAGUGUAAAAACAGCAAGUUGUGGUUUUCUGGGACUAUUUCUUGCCCGGUGUAAUAACUUCCUGGGGUCUUUCCUGGUUUCCUCACGGUGACACGAUGAGAUUCUAAGAAAGUGAUAUCGAUCCUCUCGUAUAACUCUCAACAUGAAGGCGAGUGUGUACGUAUUUCCAAGUGCAUAUCCUAAAGUGUCAUAUACAGUAUACUCAAAUUUUCAAUUCAUCACAUUUCUACAAAGAGUCUGGGGCCUUGUCUCUGCUGCAUCACUAUUUUUUGUAAUAAGUGAACUCAAAUAUGACUGUGCGAUGCUACACACGUGUUAAAGAUGACACAUGAUUUUUCUGAGUGGAGAGGAACUAACAAUACAACUCACAAAAUCAGAAGAAACAGGGGUUAGACCAGUAGCAUUUUUACAUAAUCAACUUUUUACCACUAGAAUAAAGGAUCAUUAUUCAGCAGUAUGAAUUAGAUCCAAAUGAAUGUAAGGAGGUAGGGCGUUGUGAUAGCCGCUAGGUGGCGUUCUAGGUCAGGGCAAAAAAUAAAAUGGUAACGACCCACGUCUGCCUACAACUGAGUGUAAUUUGAUGAUGGUUGCAUGAUAAAGUCUGACGUUUUGCAGUAUUUUAUGAUUUAUGUGUUGGAUGAACAGUUUUCUAUUAAAAUUGAAAUAGAAAUAACACAUGUUCAAGUCAAACCCAGUUCUUGAUAAUGGCGCAUUGUCGGGUUUUAAUCAAAUACAGCAUAGAGAGCAGCUGGAAUGUGAGGCCACAUCACAGAUGGAGACAUGAAGACUUCCUCACAUAGUUUCAUAUAACUAUUAUUCCAACAACUUCAGU